CUGUUCUUCAACUUCCGUUUCUGCACUGGGCAGCUAUUACAGUUGCAUUUUUAAUUAACGAUGCCAAGUACUUGUUGUUGUGUACCUGGAUGUCAUUUAAGAGGAGGACAUGCAUUUCCAAAUGACUUAAAAAGAAGGAAAAGUUGGAUCAACGCCAUGGCCCAUACGCAGAUUGGACGAGAACACGAUGAAAUCAUGGAGUCCAUCUCAAUCAGCUGUUGUUUGCAAGGCACAUUUUACUGAAAAAGACUACGUGCAGGAAACUAUUCAUGGGCGCAAACCCACCAUACAGAGACUUAAGUCUACUGCCAUUCCCAGCCUAUUUUCCUGGACCAAGCAAGAGACUGAAUCGUCCGCAAAAAGAAAAAUCAGGGCAGUUUCCUGUGAAAACAAAAGAACUAAACUUGAUGAAUAUUGUAGUAGAAAUCUAGAGGAAAGUUUUGAUUGUAAAGUUGGUUUUCCUGAAGAAGUCAUUCAUACUGCAGACAGGAUUUAUGACUGUCCACCACCAACUGCCGAGCUAAUGUUGAGCUUCACAGAUGGAAUUACGCAAACACCAUCAAUGCCUAUAUUUUCAGCAGAGAAUUUUGAAAUGAAGACACGUGACACAGCCAUGCAUUUUUAUACCGGUUUAGAGUUGUAUACUAAAUUUUUAUUUGUUUUGACCACACUUGGUCCAGCAGCACAUUGUUUGAGAUACAUAUAUUUUCAAAUUGAUAGGGUGUCAUUUGAAAAUCAGUUUUUUUAUGACUUUGAUGAAAUUGAGGCAUUAUACAACCAACUUUGAACUGUCUAGAUUCUAGAUUGAAACUAGUGUUAAGAAUAUUGUGUAAACAUGGAUUGUUUUUAUGUCUAAACAGUGGCGUGAGGCUAACACUUGGCCAUUUAGUGGUUUAGUCAGGUAUUUUUCGCCAUCCAACUUCAAAUUAAAGUUUCCUACAACUUGGAUUAUUAUUGACAGCACAGAAUAUCCCGUGAUAAAACCUAAAGCUCCUAGAGCUCAGGCAACCUUUUCAUCAUAUAAAAACAGAAACACUGAAAAUACUUGUAUGUUCGACACCUGGUGGUUUAGUCAACUAUGUCUCUAAUGCAUAUGUUGGUUGUACCAGUGACUGUGAAAUAGUUGAAAGAUGUAGAAUAGUUCAAUUAUUUGAUCCAGGUGACAGUGUGAUGGCAGACAAAGGUUUAAAUGUGCAAGAUUUGUUUGCUCACUUUUUUCAAAAAAAGAAACAGAAUUAGUUCCAAAACUCUUAUACGGGAUAGAAAAGUCUCCAAUGAACACGUGCACAUAGAGCUAAUUAUUGGACUUGGCAAAACAUACAAAAUUCUAAUAAAUCCUAUGAAUGGAACAGAAACAAAACUUUCAUCUGAAGUAUCAUUUAGUUGUUUUAUGUUGUGUAAUUUUAGAACUUGUAUUGUGCCAAAGGUUGCAUAAAUAAAAGUGACGCAAUGAAGUUUGUUCUGAUAUAUAUAUAUAUAAAUAUUAUUUACAAUUACAUGCACAUGUAAAUUGUAAUGCAUAUAAAAAUAAGGAGAUGUGGUAUGAUAUUCAGUUUGUUUUUAUCGAACCAAAGUGCAUAAGAAAUGGGUUAAGCAGUUACAGGUGUUACUGUCACCGUACAAUCUCCAACAAUUAGAAAAGCUUGUAC